GACAGACCUACAGAGAGAGAGAGAGACAGACAGACAGAGAGAGACAGACCUACCGACCGAGAGCGAGACAGACCUACCGACCGAGAGCGAGAGCGAGACAGACCUACCGACCGAGAGCGAGACAGAUCUACCGACCGAGAGCGAGACAGAUCUACCGACCGAGAGCGAGACAGAUCUACCGACCGAGAGCGAGACAGACCUACAGAGAGAGAGAGAAGAGACAGACCUACCGACCGAGAGCGAGACAGACCUACCGACCGAGAGCGAGAGCGAGACAGACCUACCGACCGAGAGCGAGACAGAUCUACCGACCGAGAGCGAGACAGAUCUACCGACCGAGAGCGAGACAGAUCUACCGACCGAGAGCGAGACAGACCUACAGAGAGAGAGAGAGCGAGACAGACCGACCGAGAGCGAGACAGACCUACCGACCGAGAGCGAGAGCGAGACAGACCUACCGACCGAGAGCGAGACAGAUCUACCGACAGAGAGAGAGGCUUCGCACUCAACAGCCUUACUUCCUUCCACCCAGGCAGGCGAGGGGGAUGUGAAGAGAGGGAGCUUCACACCUCCAGGGAGCCCCUCGACACAGAGACACCCUCCCUGGCCAACUCCUUCCCUGGCGGUUACAUAACAGGCAGCCGUGCCUACUUACCGCCCACCACCCACCAGCAGCUUCGCACUGUCCUCAAAGACAGUUAUAUAGACUGA